AUGCAGCAACGUGAUAAUAUUGUGCCGUUUCAAAGCUACAGCCGACAGCUGCCCACAACUGCCCUCGUGCUGCCUGUCUUCUCCCAACCCCGCGCAUUUUCCCCUUUCUCACCCCAUCCGCUCACCCCCACUUUUCCCCGUCCGCCCCCCUCCCCCAUUUCUUCGACUCCCCCCUGCCAUUCCGCCUUAACCCCCAACGCAGGGCGGCAGGCCCCUUCCCCCGUCCCCCUGCGCGUUCUUUCCGCCUCCCUCCCCUCGGGGCGCUGCGCCCUCUCCAUCCUCCGCCACCCCUCCCCCGGACCCCUCCCCCCCACGGAGUCCGCGGCCCAGCGCAGCGCCCUGCAGCAGCGCAUGGCGUGCGUGCAGAGGAGAAGACGGCUAGCCGGCAGGAUGCAGGAGGCUCUGCCGUUCCACCGUCAGUUCUGCCUGAAACCGUUUGAGCUGCCACGGGGAGUGCCGACGCUGCCUCUGGAGAUGUGCCGUGGGGAUCACAUUAUCACGAUCGUCACCACUGCUUCCCUGCCAUGGCUCACUGGCACCAGCAUCAACCCAUUGAUGCGAGCGGCGUAUCUGAGCCGUCUAUAUGCCAUGCGCGUGCUGCUCCUCGUGCCCUGGAUCCCCCCGGCGGACCAGCGGGUCGUGCACCCCGCGCACGUGUUUGACACGCGCCAGCAGCAGGAGGGAUUUGUGCGGGAGUGGAUUGAGAAGCGCCUGGGGUUCGCGUCGGUGUUCCGGAUUGCAUUCUAUGACGCGUGGUAUGAUCCGCGCAAAGGCAGCAUCUUCCCUCUCGACAGGUCGGAUGUGACGGAGUGUGUACCGGACGAGGAGCUGGACGUGGCAGUGCUGGAGGAGCCCGAGCACCUCUGCUGGUACCACAUGGUGGGUCCCAAGUGGCGCACGCGCUUCCCCCUGUCCCUGGGCAUAGCCCACACCAACUAUACCGAGUACAUCAAGCGCGACCUGCUCUAUGGGGGACCCCGCACGGCGGCCUUCCUGCUGGUGUAUUCGUGGCUCGUGGCACGCGCUAAUUGUCAUCGCGUUAUCCGGCUGUCGGGGGCAGUUCAGCCGUUCAGUGAUUCGAUCGUGUGCAACGUGCAUGGGGUAUCCCCCCAGUUCUUGGACGACUCCCAUGUGACGCCACCGCAUGCCACCGGCGUCUACUUUGUCGGCAAGGUGCUCUGGGGCAAGGGCUACCAGGAGCUCUGUGACCUCAUGCGACACCACUGCAACAAGCACGGCCGCCCCACACAACCCCCCACUCUGCCACCUGCCUCCGCUGCAGCACUUAAGGCAUCUCAAAUGGCCCCCGCUGCUGCUGCUGCCGCUGCCGCUGCCGCUGCUCCUGCUGCUAACGGACACGCGAACACACACACAGAGGCACACACGGGCACUCAGAAGAAUGGUUAUGUGCGUGCACAGGCCGGCAACUGUGUAUGUGAUGGUGUAUCCAAGCCUCACAAUGGAUGUUACCAUGGGGAAAUGGGCAAUGCCGGGGGUGUGGGAGGGACGGAGGAGGAGCGAGGUGGAGAGGAGGAAGGAGGGGAGGAGAAGGAGAGAGGGGAGGAGGUGGUGGGGGAUGGAGAGCGGUUCUGGGUGCAUGCGUAUGGCGAUGGGUUCGAGGAGGGGCAAGUGAAGGCCUAUGCUGCCAAGCACGAGCUGCCUGUAGUGUUCCAUGGGAGGAAGGACCACGCAGACCCAGAGCUCCGCAACUACAAGGUGUUUGUGAACCCGAGUGUGAGCGACGUGCUGUGCACCACAACAGCGGAGGCGGCAGCGAUGGGGAAGAUUCUGGUGCUGUGCCGCCACCCCUCCAACGAGUUCUUCAUUCAGAAUAUCCCAGACAACUGCGUCACCUACGACCCCAACGACCCAGAUGACUUCUCAGCAGCUAUGGCGCGGGCACUGGCGCACCCUCCCCGCCCACUCACAGCAGAGGAGAAGAGAAUAUUCACCUGGCAGGCCGCAACGGAGCGAUUCAUGCAGGUAGCAGGCCUUGCUGGCGCUGCUGCUCCCUAG